AUUUUUGUUAUUCCAAAUUCUCGUUUGGGUUAAUGUUUAUCAUUCACUUUCUUUACCAAUUUUUGUUUAUGUGUUUCUCUUGGCAAUUAAUCAAUUAAAUCAACAAUCGAAAUAAUAACUUGAUGAUGCUAAUUGGCUAAGUUGAUUGUCUAUUGAUUACCCGUUAAUGGAAACACCGCUGCUGCGAAAAAAAUGGUUUUCGUUAAUUAGUUUAUCAAUUUCUCCCUCUCUUUUUUUUCUUCUAUUCUAUUUCUCUCUGUUUAUUUAAUUGUAAUCAUUUUACUAAUAUGGCGAAGACUCCGUGUGCCGUUUUUUGGGAUAUUCAAAAUAUUGGUGUUCCAAAGGGUCAAUCAGCUGCUUCAAUUGUUUCCCUGAUUCGUUCAUCGAUAAUUAAUUUGUAUGAACUUCGUGAAAUUUACUUCUAUUGUGUCUGUGAUGUGACCAAAUUGCCUGCAUAUGUGGGGAAUCCUUUAACCAAUGAAGAUGUCAAUGUUGUUCAAACGUAUGAUUAUACUAAAGAUUCAGCUGAUAUCAAAAUAUUGGACUUGAUGAGGAAAUUUGUUCAAAAUCAAAGACAAGAAUGUGCAGUUAUCUUAUUAAGUGGGGACGGAGAUUAUGCUACAACACUUAGCGAACUGAAGAAGCUUUACAAUAUAACAGUUUUCUUGAUCCACUUGAAAAAUUCUUUCUCAGCGAAACUUAUAGAAACUGCUAAUUAUACAUUUGUUCUCAAUAAGGAAGGUCUAAUUUAUCCAGUCAAAUCUUGUGGAAGACCCAAAUGUUUGGUCGCUUUCAGUCGAUAUCCAAUGACUCGGGCAAUACGAUUGAUUAAAUUGGAUCUCAAUAAGAUGACCAAAUCUUAUGGAAGUAUUGACAAAAGUGCCAUCGAGCAUGAGGAUGAAAUUAUCAUUGGAUUUCCAAGUUACGAGUUGGCUCAUCAAGCGGUUUUACGAUUAAACUCAAUUCGAUAUCAUGGAACAUUUUUAAAGGCUCAAUUAGUGGUAAAUCCAAUUACCGAGAUUACGAUCAAAAUGCGAAGUACGUGUUCUUCUAGAUUAAAAAGAUCAAAGUCAUGUGAAAGGCCAAAGUCAUUUCGAAGAGUAAACUCAGGUCGAAAAGAAUCACCUGAUAGUCAAUUUCGUUCUGGAAGAUUGAAAGAAACACCAGAUUUUAUUCCUCUUGUUUCAGCUCGUUCGGUUCCCGAUAAUUCAAGAAACUCAAGAACAUCCAACAAUCCAUUCAGAUUAAAUUUCAAAACAUCAAACACUGGAAACUCAAAUUCUAAUGGGUCAAGGUGGGUCAGUUGCUACAGUCAAACUACUUCGAUUAAAUCGCCCAUUCUGAUUGAUCUCACAGGGGGCAAAUUCCUUACUAAUCCAAAUCCUAAUCCAAAUCCAAAUCCAAAUCUUAAUCCUAAUCCUAAUCCUAAUCAACCAUCAUCAUCUUCAACCACUGAGAACAUUCCAGUAGUUGAUUUAACCGAUUAACAGAUUUAACCAUUAAUUGCUCUCAUAGUAUAUCUGUGAUCUUUUGUUACAUUAAUUGUUCUCUCUCAGCAAGCAAAAAAUUGAGAGAACAACAAUUUUCAUCUUCCCAUUUUGCAUUUCGUCAGAAAAUUACACAUUCAUAAUUUUCUUAAAGAAAAAAGAGAAAACAUUUUUUAUAUAAAAAGAAAUACGAAUAUUUAUCCAAAAGAAUUAAAUAUUAAAUUGAAUGUUCAUGUUAUUAAAUGAGAUUAUAUAUUUAAAUUAGAACGAUAACUCACAAACUGAAUUUAAAUCGAAAUUGUAAAUUGAUCACCGAUUCUGAUGAUAUAAAAUAUUACCAAAGAAAAACGAACAAUUAAAAUCAUCUAUUACCCGAA